GGAGUCUUCGCUUCGAGUUGGCAUCAGUGGCCUCCGCUCCCGACCGAGUGCUGUUUGCAGCGACCGUUGUCCGCUACGCCUCUGUACCUCUCGCUACGUCAAGUAUCGGAGAUAAACUUGAAAUGGCGACUGUUUUGCUCGCUGCGUCGUCGUGAUUUCGUCCUCCGUGUGCCCCUUGGAUCGUGUGCAGUGCUGUGUGGAUCUGUUCAGAUGUAGUCCCUGUGCGUUCAACGUCUGUGUCUCUUAUUUUGUGUUUGAAAAGCCGUCGCAAUGCCAGGCUUGAUAAGUGUGAAUGAGUUUGUGGAGGAGACCCGUGAGGAUUACAAUUCUCCGACCACCUCGACAUUUGUAUCUCGUAUGCCGCAAUGUCGCACCACCGUCUGCCAAUUGGAGGAGACUUUGGACAUAGACCGGGAUGGCUUGACCAAGAUGAAGAAGGCCAUCAAGGCCAUUCACAACUCUGGAAACUCGCACGUGGACAACGAGAUGUACCUGUCGCGCUCGCUGCACAAGCUGGGCGACACCGCCAUAGAGAGGGACCACGAGCCCGACAUCGGCGCCGCUUUCAUGAAGUUCGCCGUCGUCACCAAGGAGCUGUCUGCCCUCAUGAAGACGCUGAUGCAGAACGCCAACAACAUCGUCAUGUUCCCGGUCGAGUCGCUGCUCAAGGGCGACUUGCGCGGCGUCAAGGGUGACCUGAAGCGGCCGUUCGACCGCGCCUGGAAGGACUACGAGGCCAAGUAUACCAAGAUCGAGAAGGAGAAGAAGGCCCAGGCCAAGGAGGCCGGGCUGAUCCGCACGGAGAUCACGGCGCCAGAGGUGGCCGAGGAGAUGGAGAAGGAGAGGAGGCUCUUCCAACUGCAGAUGUGCGAGUACCUCAUAAAAGUGAAUGAGAUCAAGACGAAGAAGGGAAUAGAAUUGCUGCAACACCUUGUUGAAUAUUAUCACGCCCAAACAAAUUAUUUUCAAGAUGGCUUGAAAACAAUAGAGCAUUUUGGGAGCUAUGUAGCAGAUCUCUCAAUGAAGCUCCAGAAAAUACGUCAGAAACAAGAUGAAGAGCGAAGAAGACUCAAUGAAUUGCGAACGCUCUUAAGAAAUGCGCCUGGUCUAGAGAAAGAGAAUCACCGUAUGCAUGAAUUUCCACAACAAUCUCGUGGGAACCCUCCAGUAGUGGGACCAGAAAAGGCUCCUGAGAGAGCAGAGAGGGUGGCAAAUUCAACCAAUGACCGAGGGACGGAUAAAAGUGGUGGAUACUCUCUUCAUCAACUCCAAGCAACUGACAAGCAAGCAGGAAUCACUAGAACGGGGCAUUUGCUGAAGAAAUCUGAGGGCAAAAUGAGAAGAGUUUGGCAGAAGAGGAAAUGUUGUGUUCAGGCAGAAGGCUUCCUUGACAUUUGCCAUGCUGAUGAGAGCAAACCUCCUACAAAAGUAAACCUCCUUACAUGUCAAAUCAAGCUUGUCCCCGAUGAUAAGCGCUGCUUUGAUCUAAUCUCAUAUAAUCGAACCUACCACUUUCAAGCUGAAGAUGAAGCUGAUCAGCGUGCUUGGAUGUCAGUCUUAGUAAAUUGCAAAGAAGGUGCCCUGCACAGAGCAUUUGAUGACAGUGGGAAAUCGGGAGGGUCAAAAAUCAACCCCAGUCUAUUGGAACUCCAGCAGGCUAUUAUACGCUAUGUACAAAAGCUCCCUGGUAAUGAUAGCUGUUGUGACUGCAACUCUCAAAAUGAUGCUACAUGGUUGUCGACAAACUUUGGAAUUAUAGUGUGUAUUGAGUGCUCUGGCAUCCACAGAGAAAUGGGUGUCCACAUAUCCCGGAUACAAUCAUUAACUCUUGAUAAUGUUGGAACCUCACAGUUACUCUUAGCUAGACAUAUGACUAACAAUGCAUUCAAUGAAGUAAUGGAAGCCAGUUUACCCUGCCCUAAACUUAGUCCAAGUAGUACAAUGGAAGAACGUUAUGAAUAUAUUCGUGCCAAAUAUGUUGAUAAGAAAUUUGCUCUCCAAACAUAUGCAGAUGAAAGAGACUUGCAAAGUGAUUUAGAGCAUGCUGUCAACAAUAAAAACUUGUAUCAUCUAUUACAAGUAUUUGCUGAAGGUGUUGAUCUUGGGUCGCCAUUGCCAACAUCGGAUAUUGGAGAAACUGCACUUCAUUUAGCUGUUGUGAGAGAGUUGGGUCAUUCACUACAUAUUGUUGACUUUCUGGUUCAAAAUAUGCCAAGCCAAGCCAUUGACAGAGUGACCUCCAGCUUCAAUGGUCCAAGCACCCCAGCAGGAACACCUGGUAGUGGUCAACACUCCCCAAUAUCAAACACAAGAGGGGGAAAUUCUGCUCUUCACCUGUGUGCUAUACAUGACAGAGUGGAGUGCAUGAAACUGUUGAUCCGUAGUGGAGCCGAUCCGAUGCUGAAGAAUGCAAUGGAUAAAACAGCCUUGGACUUGGCACAAGAACGAGGUCACCAUUCAUGUGAAGAGCUGCUACGGCAUGCUCUACAAAGGCAAAAAAGUGUAUUUGACAAUAUAAACAUUGAUUGGAAUUUAUCUCAUGAUGAAGGCUCAACAGAUGAUGUCUCAGAAGAUGAAACUGUUAUUGAGGAUAGAAAUGGUUGUUGCACACCUGAGAAGAAAAGUAGAUCCCGCCCUCCUAGUUAUGCUGGAGCUGGUCGAGAAUCUCCUGUUAACAUUCGUUCUAGAUCUUCAACUUGUGACAGUUUGAAGUCUGGAAGUAGUCCUAAUACCUACCGACAAAGUAUGGCACCUCCACCUCCUCCCCAAAACCGGAAACCAUCAAUAGGUUGGAAUGUGGGUUUAUCUCGCUCAAAGUCACUCUCCAAUACAAAGUCAUUUUUCUCCAACUUUUUGACUGGAGCUAAUGCUCAUGGAAGCCUAAAAAAGAGAGCAGCUCCUAUGCCACCUAUGUAUGGAACUCUCCCGAGUAAUUCCAGUCAUUCUCGAACACCGUCUGAUCCUCUCCUACAACUGCAAGGCUAUCACACUCUAAGUCAUCACAAAAGAUCACCUUCCAGUGAAUCGGGAUCUCACACAUCACAAUUGGCUGCCUCAGGCAACAGAGGUUCCAUUCCUUCUGCUAUUCAUUUAGUUGGUGCCAAGCUAGUCAUUCCACCUGGAGAAGCUCCCAUGUUGAAGUCAUCCUCUAUGGAUAAGUCUGGAGUGAGGAGGCCUGUGGGACCCCCUCCUCCUGUCCCUCCCCUGGGGCCAGGCCCUGGUCUGGUCUCUGGUGGGGGUGGCAACCUUCCUCUGCGAAUGUCGAAUGGGCGAUCUACAGAGAGCAUUUCUUCUGUAUCCAGUGACAUGGAACAAGCCGUUUUAGGAGUUGGAACAAACUUACACAACCCAGUACCUCCCCCUAGAAAGCCAUACUUCUACUGCCCUCUUCCACAACAACAGCCACCUCCUCCUGGAAGCCCUCAUGGAAGUCCCUCUGACAUGGAAAUGAGUCCCAAUCCCAAUCAUUCCAACCAUAGCCUCAGAGGAAUGGUCACAGCCUCCGUGCCAUCCACAUUAGCACCUAGAAAGUGCAGAGCACUAUAUGAUUGUGAAGCAGAUAAUGAAGACGAACUGUCCUUCAGAGAAGGGGAAGUAAUUAUUGUGACUAAUGAACAUACUGAUGAUGAAAAUUGGAUGGAGGGAGCUUUAGAAAGAGCCCCUGACAUAAGGGGUAUGUUUCCUAUUAGCUUCGUUCAUAUGCUAUCAGAGUAAAGCUUCUGUCUCCAUUAAUUUUUCCAAAUUAAACUGCAUACUUCAAGAAUAUCAGUUGUAACAGUCAGUUCUGUUUUCCUUCUGUUCCAAUGCAUUAUAUUGUGGGAAGUCAAUUUAUUGUGCAGUAGCUACUAAAAAGUGUCUUAUGCGUGCACAUUUCCAGUCACUCUUUCCUGUAAAACUCCUCGCCUCUCUUUUUAAUUAUUAUGCCUUGACUGAUGAAUGAUUAUUUUGACAUUUGAGGUUGUGAUUUCACUGUAAAAAGGCAUGGAUUGUACAAUGCUUUAAUAAUGAAGCUCUCAUACAAAGCAAGAGUUCAUCUACAAUCUUUUAGCUCAUCUGCUGAAGUUCCUAGAAUGACGUGAUGUUACCAUUAAUAGAUCAUGGGUGAGGAUGUGUUGCAUGCAUCGAACUCUUUCAUGGAAUGUAGCCUGUUAGUCAAAUAAAUUUUCUUCUAAAUAUUUUCUAUUACAUAUUUGUGGGCAGUUUAUGUCCACAUUCACAUCAUAUUUAAAAUUAAAGUUUAACAUGUCUUGUAUUUUCCGCUCAUAGAGUAGUAGGUAUACAAGAUGUAGUGUGAACAUGUUAGGCAACAAGUCUGUGAGUGUAGGUUGUGUCUACUUUUAAGAAUUGAAGUGUUCUUGAUGGAUCAUUUGCUUUUUAAUUUUUUUGACACUGUUGUGUUAGGAUUGCUAAGGAAUUCGCUAAAGUAGCCUCUUCUAAUUUUCAAAUUUUUAAACUUUGGGUAUUUUUGUAAAGUUGUGUCCCUGCAAAGUCGAUAAAUUUUAGACCUUUGAAGGAUAAUAUUGGUAAUACUCCUACCAUAGAAAAGCAUUAUUUUCCUCCUUGUUAGGUCAAUACUUAACAACCAUGUUUUGUCGUAAAUGUUUUUAAGUCAAGUGGUGUCCUUCAGUACAGAAACCGAAAAUUUCUUCAUCUGUUUGUGGAAACCUUCAGUGGCCCAAAGAAAACAUUGUUGCUGUGAAACAUUUUAGUUUGUUAGUGACAUUUUGUGUGAUACCGCUCCUUCACAGCACAAUAGAGUUACCCAGCUCUGGGUAAUAUUCUGAUUGCUUUAAAAGUAGAUUCUAGACAGCCAAAUUGUCCAGACAUUUAUAUCAUAGCUGUCUUGUAACAUUUGAAGCCAAAGAUUUGGGAUGCUAUCCCAUUUGUUUUUAUUGUUUAAUUUCUUUUAUUGUUAAGUAUUAUGUUCCUCUCUAAUCAUUACAGAUGCAAUGUGUAUUAUUACCAUUAGUAUUUUGAGAUUGACUUGUGUAAAUAGUAAAACCUUAUAAAAUUCUAUGGAUAUUAUGUUCAUUUAAAAUAUAUCAUAUUUGACUAGGUAUAUAUACAUGUAUGAAUGCUCUUAUUCUAAGUGUAUAAACUUACAAUGUACUGUUCAAGGUGUUGAUUUUGCAACCAUAAUAUUUAUUUGACUGAGGCUCUCUGUUGCCGUUUAUAUCUGUUCAUUUUUAUUCAAAAGUUUCAAAGUAAUAACAGAAAUUUCUGACUCAUGGACUUGAAUUUUAUGUUUUGCAGCAAUUGGUGCUGAAAUCGGUGUUUGGCUUUUGUGACUAUGUGAUGAGGCGUCAUGGUUCCCUUUGUUGAAAUUACAGUACACUAAUACUCUGGCUUUUGAUUGGUCUCUACUCUUGUGUUAAUCUUGUACUCUCUUGUACUGUUGUUUCUUUCAGACCAAACCUCUGUUUCUUAUGAACAUUAGUAAUAAUUUUAGAUACUCAGUUUGUUGGUUACUUCACUUUUUAUGCAAUGAAAAUCUGUUGAAUUCUUUUGUUGAGGUUUGAUUGUCUGUGAUGUUUUCCCUCACUGGACUUGUCUGGAAAUUCGUUUCCUUUAUUUAUUUGUUAAAGAUCUGAUGCUGGAGGUAACCAUCAUGAACAAUAGCAAUAAGAUUUCUUUUAAAUUGAGUUUUUAUGGUUACCAGUGUCUUCCUGUACCUAAAUGCUCCCUUGCAUCCAAAGGUGUUGUGUAUGUAGCACUCCAUUUUAGUUUCAUGUGUAUUUGACAAUUUCUUGCUGAUUUGCAGGAAACCCUUUAUUAGAACCUUCUGUAAAUGGUCACCAAGUCACUUAAAAUCCUUAACAAAAACUUAGAAUGACUGUUAAUUUUAUAUGGAUGCUGCAAAUUUGUUUUGCCAAUCACUCUGUCACUAUGACUGACCUUGCCAAAUGUUAAUUUUUAUAUAAUCACUGAUCAAUAUUGUUCAAGAUUAUAAAUUCAUAGAAUUUGAGUCUCAGGCUUCUUCUGCAGAGUCGUCUCUCUCUUUUAAAGUCCGCUAUGUAAAAAUGUCGAGGAUUACAGUAUAUACUUUCAUAUAGUGUAAGCAGUUAGCCUUUGUCUUUUUAACCUGUCUAGUCUUACAGCCGGCCAGUGAUUGCUUUGUCCUGCUGCGCUGUUAGGGAGUGUGGUUUCAAAGAAGUGAAACCAGCAUGUGUUGUAGAGUAUUGUUGUUUUAUACAAUAAUUAAAAAUUCUUGUGAACA